AUGGCAUUCAACAUAUUUGAGACAAAGAAGAAAGAUCUGGUGAUUUUAGGUAUAGGUUACUUCACGAGGAAAAUCUUCGAGAAAUCACUUAAAAGCAAGAAGUCAUUAAAAACACCAGAUUUUAUUAAGAAGGUUCACACCGAAUUUUAA